CUCCAACCCAUUCCUCAUCUUCACCUCCCUCCUCAUGACUCAUUCUCUCAACAUCUAAAAACCCUUCAACCCUCCUCACAUCACCACUACCUCUAGCAAUGACUGUCAAAAGGAUAACAUGGAGAUCUCUCAUCUUAAGCUGUUACAUGACUGAGAACCCAUCACCAAAACCAACCAAGAAAGCUAUUGUUUCGAAGCAGAGUUCGUUUCAGAGGAUUUCUAUGACGGAUUUGAGCUCGUCCACGUUGUCUGAGGACUUGUCGGUGUCACUUGCUGGAUCAAACCUCUAUGUUUUUACGGUUGCGGAGCUGAGAGUGAUCACCCAGAACUUCUCUCAGAGUAAUUUUCUCGGCGAAGGCGGGUUUGGACCGGUUCAUAAAGGGUUCAUUGAUGAUAAGCUCAGGCCUGGUUUGAAGGCUCAGCCUGUGGCUGUUAAGCUCCUGGAUUUAGAUGGCACUCAAGGUCACAGGGAAUGGCUGACAGAAGUGAUCUUUCUUGGGCAACUGAGACAUCCACAUCUAGUGAAGCUAAUUGGAUACUGUUGUGAGGAAGAACAUAGAUUACUUGCAUAUGAAUAUAUGCCUCGAGGCAGCUUGGAAAAUCAACUAUUUAGAAGGUACUCGGUAUCACUUCCAUGGUCGACAAGAAUGAAAAUAGCUCUUGGAGCUGCCAAGGGACUUGCCUUCCUCCACGAGGCCGAAAAACCAGUCAUAUAUAGAGAUUUCAAAGCUUCAAACAUCUUGCUAGACUCUGAUUACACUGCAAAACUCUCAGAUUUUGGGCUUGCAAAGGACGGUCCAGAGGGAGAUGACACGCAUGUUUCAACUCGAGUCAUGGGCACACAUGGCUAUGCUGCUCCUGAAUACAUCAUGACCGGCCAUUUAACAGCAGCAAGUGAUGUGUACAGCUUUGGAGUAGUGCUUUUGGAGCUUCUAACGGGUCGGAGAUCGGUUGACAAAACCCGGCCUCACAGAGAACAGAGCCUAGCAGAGUGGGCAAGGCCUCAAUUGAAGUGCCCAAGAAAGCUUGGCCGAAUAAUGGACCCGAGACUUGAGGGCCAGUAUUCUGAGACGGGGGCCCAAAAGGCAGCCCAAUUGGCCUAUGAAUGCCUGAGCCACAGGCCCAAACUUAGGCCCACAAUGAGCUCUGUGGUCAAGACCUUGGAGACUCUAAAGGAUUAUGUUGAUAUUCCAAUGGUAACAUUUGUGUACACAGCUCCUGGUGAGAGUGAUUCGAAUAAGGAAAGUGUGAAGGAAUGCGAUUCGCCGCCGAAGGAGUUGAAGAGAGAGAAUGGAAACCAAAAUUACGGAAACCGACACCAUGGUCACAGGCACCACCGGACAAAGUCACCGAAGUCACAAAGCGUUUACUCGGAAACCGCUCUAAACCAAAAUAUAAAAAAUGGGUUGAACUCACCCAGAAAGGCAUAGGCUAGUAGAAUUUUAGAUGAUGGAAUCGCCAAAGAUUUGACCUUUAUGAGUUCUGUCUCUAACUCACUAGAGGCCCGGGAAACAAAGAGAAAUGCUUACAAACGAGAUAUCCAACAAGAAGAAGGAAAAGGAUUGAAUGGAGGAACUCCCAAACAUUUGGCAAGUAGAAUUGUAAAUCACACUGUAAAUACAGAUUUUUCAAGGGGUUGUUUUGGCACAAAAGUGUAAGGAUUCUUGUGAGGACAUGCUGAUUUUUUGAAAUAAUUCUUUCAAUCUUUUUUUCCCUUUCGUUUUUUCCAUCUGCUGGAAUAGUGCAGUUUGAAUUAUAAUGAAGCAACAACAAACUGUUUCA